AUGAAAGCAUUAACCUGUGAUGAAGUACGCGCCGCCUUUAUUAAUUUCUUCAAGGAUCGUGAACAUACAUACGUACAUUCAUCAUCGGUUAUUCCCUUCGAUGAUCCAACCCUGCUAUUUGCCAAUGCUGGAAUGAAUCAAUAUAAGCCAAUAUUUUUGGGUACGGUGGAACCAUCAAGUGAAAUGGCAAAGUUGAAGCGAGCGGUAAAUACUCAAAAAUGUAUUCGAGCUGGUGGUAAGCAUAACGAUUUGGAUGAUGUCGGUAAAGACGUCUAUCAUCAUACAUUUUUCGAGAUGCUUGGAAAUUGGUCAUUUGGGGAUUACUUUAAGCUGGAAGUGUGCAACUGGGCAUGGGAACUGCUGACAAAAGUAUUAGGAAUACCUGGAGAACGUUUAUAUGUUUCUUACUUUGGUGGCGAUGAAAAGGCUGGCCUUGAUGCUGAUGAAGAAUGCCGGCAAAUAUGGCUGAAUAUCGGAGUGCCCCCAUCGCAUAUUUUAUCAUUUGGAAUGAAAGAUAAUUUCUGGGAAAUGGGUGAUGUUGGGCCAUGUGGACCAUGUUCCGAAAUACAUUAUGAUCGCGUGGGUAAUAGAGAUGCUUCACAUUUAGUGAAUGCUGAUGAUCCGAUGGUCGUUGAAAUAUGGAAUCUUGUUUUUAUGCAGUUCAACAGGGAGGAAGAUGGUUCAUUGAAGCAAUUACCACGUAAACAUAUUGACUGUGGUUUAGGUUUCGAAAGGCUUGUUGCAGUUUUGCAGAAUAAGCUAUCAAAUUAUGAUACAGAUAUCUUCACACCUCUUUUUAGUGCCAUACAUAAUGGCACAAAGGUACGUCCUUAUAGCGGUAAAGUAGGUGCUGAUGAUGUCGAUGGUAUUGAUAUGGCUUAUCGAGUAAUUGCUGAUCAUAUUCGUACUCUUUCCAUUGCUUUGUCUGAUGGCGGACGACCAGAUAAUACCGGCCGUGGAUAUGUUUUGCGACGCAUUCUCCGUCGUGGCGUACGUUAUGCAAAUGAAAAGUUAUCAGCUCCACCGGGUUUUUUAUCAUCGUUGGUGCCGACCGUUGUUAAUUUACUUGGGAAGACAUUUCCGGAGUUACAUAAAGAUCCGCAAGCCGUUAUGGACAUCAUUAAUGAUGAAGAGAAACAGUUUUUGAAAACACUUAGUAGAGGACGGACACUAUUCCAGAAAGCGGUUGCUGGUCUUCAGGGACACAAUAUUUUGCCUGGUGAUGUUGCAUGGCGUUUAUAUGACACAUAUGGUUUUCCAUUAGAUUUAACUCAGCUAAUGGCUGAAGAAAGAGGCCUUGUAGUCGACUUUGAAGUAUUCGAGAAUUGCAGGCAAAAAGCUGCUGGAAUAUCGGCUGCUCAUGCCAAUAAGAUGCGUGAUACGAUUGAUUUGGACGUCAAUGCUAUUUCAGAAUUAAAAAACAAAGGAAUUCCAGCUACGGAUGAUUCACCGAAGUAUAAAUAUUAUGCUUUAUCCUCCGAAGAUCAGCAGACGUUGUACAAUUUCGAAAAAUGUGAGGGCAUAAUUCUUGCUUUACGGAAGGAUAAGAUAUUUUUGGACACUUUGAAUUCGGGAGAUUUUGGUGCACUAAUCCUUGAUAGAACUAAUUUUUAUGCUGAACAAGGCGGACAGAUAUUUGAUACAGGUGUUCUCACGGAAGUUAAUAAGGGUAGUGAGUUUAUUGUGAGCAACGUCCAGAUCCGUGGUGGAUACGUCGUGCUUGUAGGUACUGUGGAAGGACAAUUAUGUGUGGGCGAUAAAGUAAUUCAAGCAAUUGAUGAGGACCGUCGUAAUCUUAUAAUGAAGAAUCACACCGGGACCCAUGUUCUCAAUUUUGCAUUGAGGAAAGUCAUUGGUGAAGUUGAACAAAAGGGUUCAUUGGUUGCUCCAGACAGGCUUCGAUUCGACUUAACUGCUAAGCAACCUCUAACCUAUGAACAGAUAAGAAUGGUGGAGAAAGAAUCGCAAAUGUUAAUUGAUACAAAUGCAACAGUGUUUGCCAAAAAUGUCCCACUAGCGGAAGCUCGCCAAAUAAACGGAUUACGAGCAGCUUACCCGGACCCAGUGAGGAUAGUAAGCGUUGGAAUACCUAUUGAAGAACUUUUAAGAAAUAAAGAUAGCGAUUUGGCUGUCAAUACUGCUGUUGAAUUCUGUGGUGGCACACAUUUGCAUAAUGUUGGCCAUAUUGGCAAAUUAGUAAUCACUGUGGAAGAAGCUAUUGCAAAAGGUAUUCGACGAAUUAUUGCACUUACGGGACCAGAAGCUUUCCGAGCGAUUCACCGCUCUGAUCGACUAGAACAACGAGUGGAAGACGCACAUCAUAAAAUGACUACUGACCACAUGGUAAACCUGGAUAAAGCACAAUUUAAAGCUGCAACCAAAAGAGUUCUUGAAUUGUUUGAGGAAAUUAAUCAGUCACAACUGCCGUACUGUCGUAAAGAGAACAUUCGAAAAAAAGCGAAAGCACUCCAAAAACUGUUAGAUAUGCAUGAUCGUGAAGCGAAAGCUGUACUUGCUGAUAAGGUGCGAUGUGAAGCUAGCGAAUUGGAUGCUUCAUUAAAAGAUGGUACUCUAUUUACUGUUCAUGUUUUUAGCAAAGGUGCUAAUGGAAAAGUAUUAGAUAGUGCUUUAAAAUCGAUAACGAAAUCACAUGCUAUUAUGGGAUUCUCAGUCAACGAUGAUGGUAAAGUAGUCGCUGUCGCACGUGUUUCCAAGGAUGUUGCAAGCAAAGGACUGCAAGCAUCGGAGUGGAUUUCGAGAGUAUGCCAAGUUCUUGAUGGUCGAGGAGGUGGUACAAUAACACAAGCACAAGCUACGGGAAAUAAUGCUGAAUUAGUAGAAGAAGCUGCUCAAAUUGCUUUGAAGUUUGCAGAAGUUAUACUUUCUUAA